UGGGAUAUUCAGCACUAGAGGGCUCCAUUGAUCAUACUCCUGUAAGCUGUACGGCUGAUUCCAACAUAAACAUAAAUAAAAAUUGUAGAUAUAACAUGGAUAAAAAUGCUACCAACCUAAGAAAAUGGAACGAAGUGAAAAAGAGGAAAGGAAAUUAAAAAAAAAAAAACUAAACAACAAGGCUCAAGAUCUCACUGUUAUUCCUUUAAGUGGCAGGUUUGAAACUUUAAACAUCACAGAAUGCGACUCAAAAGAAAGAAAUGUAGCACAAUUUGGUAAUGAAAAAAACUAUUUAAAGCAAGAAAAAGAAAAAAAAAACAUCAAUCAAUAAACCAAUAUCAACAGGCAAGAAGAGUAAAGAUGGUCGAAAAACAAUGGAUGUUGAAUUUUACGCAGACAGCCAUGGAAGGGGUCUUCCUGAAACAAUCGGUGCCUGUAGUGGCUACAGUCUGCCAAGUGUACAGACAAGCUGAAGGAGCUCUUCAUCGACCCAUGGUCAUUAUUGCAGGGACGAAUAACAUUCUUAAAAAAUCAACUGAAGAAAUCUACUCUAACUUAGAGAGGAAUUUGCAGAGCUUAACCAAAGAAAGAACUGUACAUGUAACAACAAUUCCUAACCGCUAUGAUACAAACCCGAUUGAUCCAACAUAUCACGAUAUAAACAUAGCAAAUAAUUAUAUCAAGGAAAUUGCUGUAAGAAUGGACAAUGUGCACAUCAUUGACUUGGACGAACUUGGAAGAGAUCAUUUCACUCGACAUGGCCUACACCUAAAUUAUCGAGGAAAAAAGAAACUAUCUUAUAUGAUAAUUGAUUCCCUGGAAAAAAACCUUCAAAUAUGACAAAA